ACAGGCGAGACGAGAAAUCUUGUCUUGUUGAAAUGGAAGGCUUUGAAAUAGUGUUUUGAUACCAAUUAUGCAAUUAAAUUGCGACAUCCGCGUGUGAUUUGUUGUUAUAACAUAUGUCGAAUAAUGUCUCACGAGACCGACUUAUUGAUAUCGGUCCCGCGUGCCAGUAUAACUGAGUUUUAUAGCAAGUAUCUCAAUUUGGUAGAAACUUUUUACUAUGUCACUUUGUCAGAGAAUAAAUCCACUGUCACGAAGGAAAAGCCAGAAUAUGUGUACUUUAACGUGACGUUCAACUUGACUCCUUCUGAUGGGAACUUCAAUCCACGGGAGCUCGUCGGUAGGAUACAGAAAUAUGUGGAGUCAUCGCUGGGGUGGGCGGGGGAGCGCGGCGAGGACUCUAGCUACGACAGCGAGUGCGACGACGAUGGCGGCCACCGCGCCGCGUCGCGCACGCCGUCCGACACUCUCGCGGCAGAGUUCGCCGAGUACAUCACCCUGGCGCCGCCGCAGCCUAACCAGGCGAAGAUCGAGUUCGCGAUGAAGCUGGGUUACUCAGAGAAGCUGGCUCGCACGGCGCUGCAGAAGUUGGGUCCGGACCCGCCGCGGAACGAGUUGCUGGCGGAGCUGAUAAAGCUGGCGUCGAAGCAGCCGCCGCGGCUGCCGUCCCCGCCGCCCGCGCCGCAGCCCGACCCGCCGCCCGAUAGGGCUCCGCUGAGGCACAUCGUCAUCGACGGCAGCAAUGUCGCUAUGAGUCAUGGCAACAAGGAGGUGUUCUCGUGUCGCGGCCUCGAGAUCUGCGUGGACUGGUUCCGCGCGCGCGGCCACAAGGAGAUCACGGUGUUCGUGCCCAAGUGGCGCAAGGAGGCGUCGCGGCCCGACAACCCCGUGGCCGACCGCGACGCGCUGGACCGCCUCGAGCGCGACCGCGUGCUCGUGUACACGCCCUCCCGCCUGCUCGGGGGCAAGCGCCUCGUCUGCUACGACGACCGGUACAUCCUGCGGCUCGCCGCCGAGACCGACGGCAUCGUCGUCUCCAACGACAACUACCGGGACCUCGUCGUCGAGAACCCCGACUUCCGGAAAGUCGUCGAGGAGAGACUGCUCAUGUACUCGUUCGUGAACGACCGCUUCAUGCCCCCGGACGACCCUCUGGGGAGAUCGGGCCCGACGCUCGAGGCGUUCCUCAAGGCGCCGCCGCCCCGCAUCGACCCCCCGCCGGCGUGCCCGUACGGCCGCAAGUGCACCUACGGCAACAAAUGCAAGUUCCACCACCCCGAGCGGGCCGGGCGGCCGCACAAGUCGGUGGCGGAGAAGCUGUCGGAGCGCGCGGCGCGGGCGCUGCGGCAGCGCUCGCUGCACACCGUGAGCCUGCCGCCGGGCGGCCGGCCCGACGCCAAGCGGCCGCUGGCGCGCGCGCACUCGGCCGCGCCGCGCCUGGCCGACGCCGCGCUGGCCACGCACUUCGACCGCGCGCAGAAGGCCGGGCCCUCGCAGCCGCCGCCGCCCGACGCCAACCCGCACCGCAAGCUGGCGCGCCAGCUCACGCUCAACCCCGCCUGCGACCCGCGCCUGCACGCGGCCGCGGCGCGCGUGGCGUCGGCGCCGACGGGCGCGGCCGGCGCCGGCGCCGCGGCCGCGCCCUCGCCCUGCGCCUCCGAGGGCGCGCUGCAGCACUGGGAGGCGCGCCACCGCAUGCGCUUCCACCUGGGCGGCAUCUUCCCCGAGGCGCAGGUGGCGGCGGCCAUGGCCGCGUACCCGGACGAGGUGGACGCGCAGACCAUGUGCGCCAUCAUCCUGGCGCGCUACCGCCCGAGCGAGGCGCUGCCGCCGCACUGACGCGCGGACCGCGGCCGGCGAGGCCGCGAGUCCGUAGAGGACUCGAACACGUUUGAAUUAUUCUCGAUUUUGGAGAAAAACCGAGAUUUACAUUCAAUUUUGGUCGACAUCAUGGAGAACAGGUACGAACCGGAGUCGGACGCCGAAGACACCAAUUCGGAGAACGACGCGACGAUUGAUAGUUCGUAGCUGCAUGCAGACCGCGGCGACGGACCGCAGGCGCGAGACCGGUCGUGUAGGCAUUUAUACAUUUUGUACAUUCUCAGGUAUUGUUCGCCGUACGCUUCCGAGAAGUGUACGAAGCUAUUUAAAGUGUAAUGAAGUGUCUAGAGAUGUAUAAAUUCACACUUAGUAUAUACUUAUAUGCAUACUUUUUGUUUAAACAUUACUAACGCUAUUUUAUGUAUAUUAAAAUAUCUUUGUAAUCUAAGGGAUUAAGUUCCUUGUAUAUUCUAUCAUUUGUUUUGACUAUAUAAUAUAAUAUUAUAUCUGCCAGUGAAUUGUGUCAAUACAUUCAUCUGGAUGUUAUGAAUUGCUUCUUUAGAAGUGUAGCACAUAAUUAUGCAUACUUUCACAAAAUUAGGUGAAACUAGAUAUAUCGCAAUAAAUCGAAACUCGUGUGAUGGAUAAAAUUAUAUUGGUACUGUGUAUCAAGAUGAAUACUUUAUUAUUCGUUAACAUUAAAAUUAACAAGGAAGAUUGAUGAUUAGGUUAAAUAUUUUUAUACUUUGAUGCAACAUGAAAUCUAUUUCUUGUGUUAAAGUAUAGAUUACAUCUAAAAUAAACUACAUGGAAAUGGCCAAGUGUUCCAUGACUACAUUUUAUAUUGACAUAUUAAUAAUGUUAUGGUCAUUUCUGCUUAGUAUAUUUUAGCUGUGUGUAAGGGCCAGAUAUUGUGGACUUAGUCAUUAUUGUUAUUAGAGGUAACAUUGAACACAAUUUGUUGUUUGAUUUUAUUAAAUUGAACUUUAUAAAACUAAAUGCAAUGCAUCGAUUGAAAAUGUAAGAUAAAUAUAUCUACUUACAUGGUGUACUCUAUAGAACAACUUGUUAUAUGUACAUACAUCAGAGUUUAUAGAAUACAUCAUGACUAUUCUAGUAUAAAAGUGUACUAAGUUUUACCAAUAUUGCAAUUUGAAUUGUUUCUACCAAAUAUAAGUAGAAUUGGUAAAAUUUUGUUCCACUGCUCAGAAAUGUACUGCAAAGGGAAACUCUAUUAGACAAUGUAUUCAAGAAUUUCCCUAUGCAAUAAUUUUUGAUAAUUACUACACCACAUUCCAUGAGGAAUGCUUAUCAUAAUACAUGUCUUUUUUGACAUUAUAGUGUUAUUAUCUUAUAAAUAAAAUCUUUUUCUCAUUUA